AUGGCUGCCACCGACAAGGAGACCAUCAAGAACCUCGCCGAGAACGGUCACAUCAUCACGGCCAAGGAGGUUGCCGACAUCGACAAGGCCGAGAAGGCCUUGACCGGCAAUGAUCAAACCGUCAAGAAUGGUCUUGCUGCCACUGCUCAAAGCAUGCACGACAAGCAGCAGACAUUCCUGAAGAUGGAGGCCGAUCUCAAGAGCAAGCCCGAGUCGGACAUCACGAAAGACGAUGCUAAGGAGCUUCAGACUGCUGAAGCUCGCCUUCUUGGCCAUCGCCCUCCCGCCGGCUCGGCCGCUGCUACUUUCCAGUCCAUCGCGGACAAGAACGAAGCUGCUCAUCAACGCGAGGACGCUUCCAUCGAAGGCAAGAAGGAGACCGCCGUCAAGGCCGAUCAGAAUGGCUCGACCGACAAGAAGGAGGAUGCCCCUGCCAAGGACUCUGACGUCUCUGAGCAGAAGGAGGGUGCUACUCCCUCUCAAGACGAAGCUGUUCCUGCCAAGUCCGACGCUUCUCCUGCCACGUCAGACACUUCUCCUCCGAAGGUCACCGACGCUUCCGAGAAGAAAGACGAUGCCACUAUCCUCGAUGCUACGGAAAUCACCAAGAAGAAGGCCGAAAUCAUCAAGCAGAUGGACGAAAUCACCAAGAAGAAGGAUGAGAUCGUCAAGAAGAUGGACGAGGUCGCCAAGAAGAAGGAUGAGAUCGCCAACAAGAAGGACGAGAUCCCUGACUCUCAGGAGCCCGGCUCGCAGGAUUCCCACCCUUGA